ACUUUGCCAGGUGUGAUGGAAAAGAGGUUCAGGAAAAGUUGAAUGUUGUGAAUUGCAACAGUCAAGAUUUUUAUCUGUGAAAACUGCAGUUGUGGAAAGGAAUAUGGCCAAUCCUGACAGAGUAUCAAACCGAGCGGGCACAACCUUGUUCCUGACUCAAAAACUGGAGGAGGAGCCUCCCAUCUUCAAUAAGCACAAAGCCGACUUUGACACCUCGCACAACAUCACUCAUCUUGUGGCCGGCAGCGACCACCUCGUCAUCGCCCUUGCGAGCAAGGUCCUGCGGAAGGUCGAUGCCAGCAGGAAGGAAAAACAAGAAGCGGAACGUCCUGGAGAAGUGGAUGUUUCCAAGCAGUGUGGUCCUUCAGGGACCAUCAGUGGUGUGUAUAUAGACCCCACUGGGAAUCACAUCCUGGUAACUGUGUCUAGGAGGGAUCAACAAAAUUCAUGUGAUACUUAUUAUCUCCAUUGGAAGAGCAACAAGCUGAAGCAGUUUAGUACCUGGGCUUUCAAUGUUCCACAGCUGCAAAAGUGUCGGGAUCACGUGAUCACAUCAAUUGCCUGGAACCCCAGGAACUCUGCGGAGGCUUCAACCGGGCAGAUUCUCCUUGGGACCUCAAAAGGGGUCGUAUUUGAAGCCGAACUCUCGCCCGAAGAAAAGAUCCUCUCCCCUGGUGCUGAGCAGUAUUGGAAAAAUGUGUACGAGUUGUCAACCCCUAUGGCCAUCUCUGGUAUAGAGUUCCAUCAGGUGGGGGACAGGAAGUUUUUCAUCAUCCUCACUACUCCAACAAGACUGUAUCAGUUUGUGGGGCUUGUGACCGAUCUCGAGGACCGCCCGGUGUUAGGCCAGAUAUUUAGCAACUACAUCCGCAUCCCAGAGAGGUUCUUGGAGAUUGCAGGCUAUUCAAAACAUUCCUGUCUUCAAACCUUCCGACCCACAAUCCAGGAAGCUCCAAAGACUUAUGCCUGGCUGACAUCUGCUGGGGUGCAUUUCGGCCAGAUUGAUCCAUCACAGUCUGAGAAUGUCACCUGCAACAUGAAGCUUUUUGACUAUGAAAAGCGACCAGAUGGCAGCUUCAUUGUCCCGCUCUCCCUCACCUCCACCGAGUUUCACGUACUCCUUGCAUAUCCAGAUUCUAUCCGGGCCAUUUCCUCUUUGAAUGAACAGUUGAUCAUGGAAGAUCCCAUCUUGGGAUCAGUAGGGAAUGUGGUAGGAAUCACAAGAGAUGCUGCCCGUGGAACCAUAUGGGCCUUUUCUCAGAGGGGAGUGUUCCGCUACACCGUCACCAAUGAAUCUCGGAACGUGUGGCAGAUCCUCAUGGAGCAAGGGGACUUUGAGAGGGCGAAAGCCCUGUGCCAUGGCAACCCUGCCAGCAUGGAUCUCAUCCUCGCCCGGGAGGCCGACUUCCUCUUUGAUUCCCGCAAAUUUGAAGAGAGUGCCAAGCUGUAUGCCCAAACAAAAGUCGCUUUUGAGGAAGUUGCCCUCCGCCUCAUUGACGGCAAGCAGGAGGCUGCACUUAAGACAUUCCUUCUGCAGAAACUCUCAUUCCUGAAGCAAGAAGAAGUAGUGCAGCAGGUGAUGCUCAUCAUGUGGUUGCUGGAAAUCCAGCUGAACCAUCUCGGGAAGUUGAAGGAUGACGGCCGUGGGCACACGCCAGAGUACGAAAGACGGCGAGAGGAGUUACGGCAGUUCCUUGCAGCCGAGCGAGUGUGGCGGUGCAUGGCCCCACAGAAAGAAGUGGUCUAUGACCUCCUCGCCAGUCAUGGGGACUCCGAGAACCUGAUCUUUUUCGCUCGGAUCGUCAAGGACCAUCAGAAGGUCAUCCAGCUCUCCUUGGAGAAAUCUCAAUACCCCCAAGGU